AUGGUGGCGGGGUUCUCUCUGCAUCCGCACGGCGUGACGCUUCACAUGGCGACCCCGCACCACGAAGACUUGAUGCGUGUCUGCGUGGCACUACGCGGCGGAGGAGGAUGUCUCCGCCGCACUUUUGUCGGCCGCCAUCCACCGGUGCGCCAGGGAGAUGCGCCAAGUCGACUGCGGCCGUGUCUUGUGCUGCCGCUGCCCCGCGGUGGGUCCGCCACACGGCAGGCACGCGUCUUGUCGUGCGAGUUGCCUUGCUUUGAGCGCGGCGCCGUGUGGCUUGCUGCAACGCCGGGGAGGGGCGGCCAUUCAUGUUUGUCUGGGGGUGGCGUCAGUGGCGUAUGCGGUUCAGCUCUCGACACGAACAGAGGAUGCUGCGACGUGUGCACCUCAGCAGGUGGGGGGCCUAAUGGCACGCGAGCGGGUUGUUGUUGCUGCUGCGAUGAGUGGUGCGUGUGCUGGCCAAUGGAACGAAUGAUGCUGCAGGGGCGGAUCCUCCGAUGUGUGCAUGCGCAUGCGCAUUUUCUUUUUUUGCUGCCCCUCCCCUGCGCCUGA